AUGAGUGUACAAAACCAAAAACAAACCAAAUUACUUUUAAUUGGAGAAACAGGUGUUGGUAAAAGUUCACUCGGUAAUUUCAUUUUAGAGAGGACUGUUUUUACAGUAGACUAUAGCACAAAUUCAGUUAAAAAAGAUGUUGCUGGCUAUUUUGGAAAAUAUGAAAGAAAAGAUUUAUUUGUUAUUGACACACCUGGUCUGCAAGACACACAGGAAUUAAAUGAAAAGUUUUUGAACGAUAUAGUUGAAUAUGUUAAAAAACAAGGUGGAAUAAAUGGAAUUAUAUUAACAAUUGACUUCAAUGAAGAAAGAUUUUCUGCUAACCUUCAAUUCAUUAUUAACGUUAUUUCUGAUGUUUUCACAAUAAAAGACAUUUGGAAACGUGUUUGUAUUGUUUGGAAUAAAUGUGAUAUAGACGAAGUGAGAGGAAUUGGAAAAAACAAUAAAGUUGUAAAACAACAAUUCAAAAAAGACUUAGUUGAAUUUAUAAGUCAAACAAAUGAUGAUAUUGAAAUACCGAUGUAUUAUGUAGAUUUACAACCAGAAGAAUAUGAUGAUAUUAAAAGAUCAGAGAAAGAAAUAGAGAGAUUAAUUGA